AUGAAGAGGAUUGUCCUGGCACGCAUGGAGUGGAUCGCCGCGCAGGUGCACUACUUUCCGGAGCAGCAGACCAGCUUCAGGCGCUACGGCUGCACUGCCGACUCCAUCGCCGAUGUCGUGGCCACACGGGAGGAUGCAAAGAACAGUGGUGACGUGGCUUUUCUCGUGCUGCUUGACGUGCAGAGCGCCUUUGACAGCCUGCCCCACGAGGUCAUCGAGGGCUUCUUGGAUGACUUUGGGAUCACUGGCAGCCUCAGGCGCUUUGUCUCUGCCUUUCUUGCGGGAAGAACGUUCAGAGUACGAGUGGGCCAGGCGCUCAGCACCCCUCGAGUCAUCGCCACCGGCGUGCCGCAGGGAUCGGUGCUGAGCCCGUUUCUGUUCAAUGCAGCCCUAGCAGGUCUGCCAGCCGCACUACCGGCAGACACCCGGUACCACACACAGUGCUCCAUCUACGCUGAUGAUGUGGCGCUCUGGGUCCGGGGACCAAGGCGGUGCUUUCCAGCCGUCCGGAGAUCACUGCAGGGGGCCCUGGACGCAGUGACAACAUUCCUCGGGAGAGUCGGCUUAACCGUCUCUCCUGCAAAGACGGAGGCCCUACUGAUACACCCGAGGGCUGCCUCCCGCCUCAGCGUCCACCAGUUGAGAAUCGGCACCGACCCCCUUCCGUGGAAGCAGACAGUGACGUACCUUGGCCUCACCAUAGACCACCGGCUGACGUGGAUCCCGGCUACUAAAGCCCUCAGCGCCAAGGUUCGCCGUGUUCAUGCAGCCGUGGGCCGACUCCUUCAACGAGACCGAGGAUGCUCCACCAAGUGGGCCCUACGCCUGAACAAGGCUGCAGCAACAUCGUCUUUGUUGUAUGCCCUGCCGCUGGUUUCCCUGACGCAUGCCAGGAAAGCACAGCUAGAGGUUCUGCACAGGACGGCCAUCAGAAAUGUCCUGGGGCUUCCUAGGCACUCCAAGAUCGCCGCAACACUGGCUGAGGCCGGAGAAUGGCCACUGUCACUGCUCAUGUUGCAACGGGGACUGGGGCAUACUGACAGGCUACAUCGCGCACCAGACGGCCAGGCUCUCCUAGACCGGCUUUGGAGCCUGCCGGCUUCACGUAUGGGCAACCUGUGUCGCCUCUAUGAGGAGACAGUUCCCCAACUACCUGUGGCAGUGGCUCUUCCUCCUCCCCAUCACGGACCUCCGGAUGUGCACCUCUCCCUCAAAGGGAUAGCCAAGCGGAGAGCACCAGCCGCAGCCCUGCAGCAGGCGGCAGCCUGCAAGCUCCAGGAGGAGAUGGAAGGACACCUGCUGGUGUUCACGGAUGGUUCAGUCCUCCCCAGCGGGCAGUGUAGGCUCCCGUUUGCAGCAAGCUCUACUGCAGCUGAGCUCGCGGGGCUGCAUCUGGCUGCCGACCUCCUUGCUGAGCACCUUCCCCAGCAGCCGGUGGCGGUGGUGUGCGACUCCAAGCCAGUGCUCCAGGCCCUCGCCAACCUUCGGCGGGCAGGACUUACAGUGGUGCUGCUGCUUGCCAAGUUAACGGCUCUAACCACCGCCGGAAUCCCAAUAUCCUUCCUCUGGCUGCCCUCACAUGUCGGGGUAGCCGGUAACGAGGAGGCGGAUACCUACGCCAAAGCUGCCCAUCAUGAUGUAGUCCCGGUUACCAGAGCGGUAGCGGCUUCGGACUGCACGAGACAUCGGCUACGGUGCCUGCUCACCUCCAUUCACCCGGACCCCCGAGUGGCUAGUGGCAGGGCCCCCAAGCCACUUCCAGAGAACGGCCUCUCCAGAAGAGACCGUUCCACACUCCUGCGCUUGCGGACUGGCUGCACCUGGACUGCGGCCCGGCUGUACUCCAAGGGCCGCGCCACGUCGCCUAUCACUAUCAUCACUAUCAUCCGCGGAGCCCAGCGUGGACGUCCCAGGGCCCCUGCUGCCAGUGCUCGAGACGCUGGCGGACCCGAGGGCCGCCAGUCCCUGAGCUGCCGCACCUGA